CGUCGAUCGAACCGAACGAAGCAGCGGCAGAGGACAGUUGAGCGCAACGGGAGGAGCGAGCAAACCCUACCUGCGGCGCGGCCGGCGAGUGGGCGGCGGACUAGAUCCGAGCGUCAUCGAACCAAACCCAAAUCCACCAGAGACGAAGAGAGACGAAUCAACCCCGGCGGCGAUGGAUGCGUGCGGGACCCAGGCGGCGGCGGCGGCGGCUGGAGGAGAGGGCACGCAGAGGACGCUGUACCCUUAUGUGACUGGAAACUCGGUGAUUGCAAUGAAAUACAAGGAUGGUGUGAUCAUGGCAUGUGACACUGGAGCCUCCUAUGGGUCAACGUUGCGAUACAAGAGUGUGGAGCGCAUCAAGGCUGUUGGUAAGCAUAGCCUCAUUGGAGGAAGUGGGGAGUUCAGUGAUUUCCAGGAGAUUUUGCGCUAUUUGGAUGAAUUAACUUUGUCUGAUCAUAUGUGGGAUGAUGGAAACUCACUGGGCCCAAAGGAAAUCCAUGCCUACCUGACAAGAGUAAUGUACAAUAGGCGCAAUAAAUUUGACCCUCUGUGGAACUCCCUUGUACUUGGUGGGGUGAAAAAGGGCCCAAAGGGUGAUGAGAAGUAUCUUGGCAUGGUUAACAUGAUUGGUACACACUUUGAGGACAACCACCUUGCCACUGGGUUUGGAAACCAUAUGGCAAUUCCAAUACUUCGUGCCGAAUGGCGCGAGGACAUGACUUUUGAAGAGGCUAUUAAGCUGAUUGAGAAGUGCUUGCUGGUCUUGCUGUACCGCGACCGGUCAUCUAUCAACAAAUUCCAGAUUGCCAAGAUCACGACCGAGGGAUCGACUAUCUACCCACCUUAUGCCCUGAAGACCAACUGGGGUUUCUCCGCCUUUGAAAACCCAUCCAAGGGUGCUGUUGGGACAUGGUAGAUCUCUGCUGCGGCACAAGGUAGGAAAGGAAGCAAGCUCAGCUGCUGAAACGGUUUCAGCCCUCAUGUGAGCAUUUGAUCUGAACAUGACAGGAAUUCUUGACAUUUGCUCUGUAUGACAUCUCAUAAUUUAAUUUUAAGUCUUGUGAACAUUAAGCAUGUAUCUUGUAUGAUGUGUCUAUUGCGUCAA